AUGGGCGGAAAAGGAGGAGAUGGAAGGAGGGAAGGGAUGAGUGGGGAAGGAGGAGGAGGAGGAGGAGGAGGAGGAGGAGGAGGAGGAGGAAGAGGAGGAGGAGGAGGAGGAGGAGGAGGAGGAGGAGGAGGAGGAGGAGGAGGAGGAGGAGGAGGAGGAGGAGGAGGAGGAGAGAGCUUUCGGCAGCCGUCGCUUUCGUUGAGAAUCGAUUAUUGGGAGGAGAUGCAGCACUUUUCCCUCAACGAACGGAUUUUCUGCCUCACUACUGUAACGAACACUCGUGAUGACAUCCCAAGGGGCGUCUUCGCUCGCAUUUGGGACGUGGAUGCUGCUGAUGAGGCCGCUGUCCUUCCCCAGGGCCGUCCCCGGUUCAUCAAGGUGCUUCACUUUGACUCCCAGCAGCCCUGCGUUGCCCCCUCCUCUGCCACCGCUGUUUUACUGCGAGCCGAUGGGGCCAUUGCCCUCUGGACCGCCACCCAAUGCACCCACCACACGGUUACAUCCCACUGUGUGUCUCCUGAUGGCGUUACAUCUGCGCCAAGACGAGCCUGGCCCCUUGCGCAAAUCCCCCCACCUGCCCCCGAUUCCCCCUUGCGCCUCUUCUCUGUCUUCCCCGCCUUCCGCCGAUUCCCCCUUCCGCAGGGACUGGCGGGAUGCGGUGGUGGCGGAGGAGCGGGAUGGGGGGGGCGCAGGGGGAGAGGCAUUCUGGCGGAAGGUGUUUGA